AGAUUCUCUUAAACCACAGUUCUAGAGAAGCAAUGAGUAUGUUCCAAGGCAUUGACCCCACAUGUGUUUGUGGGUAAGUGUGAGCGAGGAGCUGCAAACGCAAUUAAUAAUGUUGGGUUCUUCUUAAGACUUUGAGAGUCUGUCUGCCUCUGCUGCUUGUCUUUUUGGCUGAUGGGUCUCGCUUAUAUGAUGGCUUUACAGACAUUAUUUUAGCACACACAGUAAUUCUUUUGUACUUUUUCUUUACCGGGUAUUAGUGGUUUUGGUCCCUUGUGUCUCAUAUGCCUUCGAUUUUUUGGAUUUUUCUUGGUGGGUUAAAGGGCUAAGGGAUAAAAAAAAAAAAAAAAAGGGAGCAUUUUUUAAGUUUUUGGGGGAGAAUAUUGGAGGGGUUGACCUGAACUGGUUGUGUGAAUUAGGAGCUUUUAUUUUAACUGGAAGAGUUUUAGGUUUAGAUUCGGGAGUCUGUGUUGAAGGACGUAGGUAAAAGCUUAUGGAGUGGUUAUCUUUUCAAUGAUUGAGAGCAGGUGGUUUGUGAAGGGAUUCACUGGUUUAUGUUUCAUUUAAUGGUAGAUUUGGGACAAUUUUUGCUGGAAAUUCAGUGGGUUUGUGCAACUUUGGAUUUGUCUGUGGCAGACAGAUCAGGACAGUAGCCACAUUGUGUUGCUGUUUCAGCGUUCUGAAGUAUUUGGUUGAGAAUUUCAAAUUUUGGUUUUUAGGAGCCGCUUCCGGAUUUUGGUUUCAAAGUGGUGCUUAAGGGUAAAAGGCUCCUGGGCUACUGUUUCUGCUUAAUGAAACUGCCCUGUUUUGCAGUUUCUUGUGCUUUGCCUUGAAUUUAGAGCCUUUUCUGGGUUGAAUUCGGGUUUCCAGUGUUUAAGUGAGCUGAGUUUGGGGCGUUUCAAUAGCUUAGCUUUCUGUAACCUCGCUUCUGCUUUUCUGAGGAAAUGGCUUGCAUGAAAUUAGGAUCCAAAGGUGAUGCUUUCCAAAGGCAAGGACAGGCCUGGUUCUGCACGACAGGCCUUCCCAGUGAUAUUGUUGUUGAAGUUGGAGAAAUGUCAUUCCAUCUUCACAAGUUCCCUUUACUCUCUAGGAGUGGGGUUAUGGAAAGAUUGAUUUCAGAAGCAUCUGAGGAAGUAGAAGAAGGAUGUGUUAUAAACCUCCCAGACAUACCUGGUGGGGCUAAAACAUUUGAACUGGUAGCCAAGUUUUGCUAUGGGGUGAAACUUGAACUUACUGCCUCAAAUAUUGUAUACCUGCGAUGUGCUGCUGAAUUUCUUGAAAUGACUGAGGAGUAUGGGGAGAGCAAUUUAAUUUCACAAGCUGAAGUCUUUCUCAAUCAAGUAGUCCUUCGGAAUUGGAAGGACUCCCUCAAGGCACUCCAAACUUGUGAUGAUGUUCUACCUUAUGCGGAAGAUCUCCACAUUACAAAAAGGUGCAUUGAGUCACUCGCCAUGAAAGCGUCUACCGAUCCAAAUCUAUUUGGAUGGCCUGUCAAGGAGCAUGAGGGGCCCAUGCAGAGUCCCGGUGGGAGUGUGUUGUGGAAUGGGAUAAGCACCGGAGCUAGACCAAAGAACUCUACUUCAGAUUGGUGGUAUGAAGAUGUGUCAACCUUAAGCUUGCCACUCUACAAAAGGUUGAUUUCUAUCAUGGAAUCCCGUGGCAUCAAACAGGAAAUUAUUGCAGGGUCCAUCACUUUCUAUGCGAAGAAGUAUCUUCCUGGGCUGAAUCGGCGGCAGGGAACCAGUGAAUCUAGUUCCCGUCUACCACCAGUGUCCUUAGGGACUCCAUCAUCAGAAGAAGACCAGAAACUAUUAGUAGAAGAGAUUGAUCAGUUACUUCCAGUGCAGAAAGGUCUAGUGCCAACCAAGUUCCUGUUUGGUCUCCUACGAACUGCAAUGAUUCUUCGAGCGAACCCUAACUGCAUCUCAAAUUUAGAAAAAAGGAUUGGCAUGCAGCUUGAUCAAGCCACACUAGAAGACCUCUUGAUGCCCAAUUUUUCUUAUUCCAUGGAAACGCUAUAUAAUGUUGAUUGUGUACAACGGAUUUUGGAGCAUUUCCUUGCCAUGGAUCAAAUUACUGGUGGGGCCUCUCCAUGUUCAAUUGAUGAUGGCCAGCUGAUUGGAUCACCUUCGUUGACACCCAUUACAAUGGUGGCCAAGCUCAUUGAUGGAUACCUGGCAGAGGUUGCCCCUGAUGUCAAUUUGAAGCUCCCCAAGUUUCAGGCUCUUGCUGCUGCAGUGCCAGACUAUGCCAGACCUUUGGAUGAUGGUCUUUAUCGUGCUGUUGAUAUAUAUCUGAAGUCACACCCAUGGUUGGCAGAGUCAGACAGAGAGCAACUCUGCAGGUUGAUGGACUGCCAGAAGCUAUCCUUAGAAGCAUGUACCCAUGCCGCACAGAACGAGAGGCUACCCCUAAGAAUAGUGGUUCAGGUUCUCUUCUUUGAACAGCUUCAGCUUAGGACUUCCAUCGCGGGCUGCUUUCUGGUUUCAGACAAUCUGGAUGGAUCGAGACAGUUAAGAAGUGGGUUUGCCGGUUCAAAUGAGGGAGGGUGGGCCUCAGCAGUGAGGGAGAAUCAGGUUUUGAAAGUAGGGAUGGAUAACAUGAGAAUGCGGGUAUCUGAGCUUGAGAAGGAGUGUUCAAAUAUGAGGCAAGAGAUUGAGAAGUUAGGUCGGGUAAAGGGUUCUAGUAAAUGGGGAAAUGUGUCUAAGAAAUUUGGGUUUAGGUUAAAGUCUCAGAUGUGCAGUGCUCAAGAGGGAUCGGUGAGCAACCAGCUCAAAGGGAAUGGGAAUGGGAAUGGGAAUGGGAAGGCUGAGAAAAUAAAGGAGAGGCAUGGACAACAUAAGAAAGUCUCUUCUAAAAAUGAAUGAGAUGUUUGUCAAUUUUUGGUCCUAUAUCUUUUAACUUUUUUAUUUGAUUUCAUUCUGGUCGUUAGAAGAGGUGCAUUUUAUUUUCAAUUUGUAAACUUGUAUUCCAUCUCUUUGGCCCUUUUUCCUGUCUUAUGCUUUUUAGAUCAUGUUCAUCUUAAUGUUGUCUAGUGUUGGUGGAAAUGUCAUGGUGUAAUUUGGACUUCUUGUAACAAUAACAAAGUUAAGCGCUCUCUCUCUCUCUCUCUCUCUCUCUCUCUCCAAAAGCUAGUAGGCAGUAUCAUGAAUCACUUUGCUUGUAACUUCUCUCCACCUUGCCUUAAACAUGUUUCGUUCUCUUC